CGCGGGAAGCCCUAUCCGCUGUCGACGUCGGUAUACUGAAAGCAAGUCAUUUUGCCAGGCUGCCUCCGCCACCACUGGCUCACUUUUUGAUUUUUUCGACGUCUUGAGAAUCAUGCUCGCUCGCCGCUUGACCUCGAAGGCCCGCGGGUUGGUCGCGCCCCUCAACGCCCGCUCGUUCUCGGCGGCGCCGUCGAAGGAAGACUUUUCGUCGCCGGACCACUACUUCGACGACGAGGUCAAGGCGCAGGUCGGCGACCCGUCGAAGCGUGCGUUCACCUACUUUAUGAUGGGUGGCGCCCGCGUCGCGUACGCUACGGCGGCGCGCCUCGCCGUGCUCAAGUUUGUGGGCACCAUGUCGGCGUCGGCCGAUGUGUUGGCGCUCUCGACGGCCGAGUUUGACUUGUCGUCGAUCGAGGAAGGCUCGACGAUCACGGUCAAGUGGCGCGGCAAGCCCAUCUUCAUCAAGCACCGCACUGACGCGGAGAUUGACGAAAGCAACAACACGAGCAUGGCCGAACUCCGCCACAAGGAGACGGACGCCGAGCGUGUCCAGGACCCCAAGUGGCUCGUCAUUCUUGGUAUCUGCACCCACUUGGGCUGCGUGCCGGCCUCGAACGCCGGCGAGUACGGCGGCUGGUUCUGCCCGUGCCACGGCUCGCACUACGACGUCUCGGGCCGCAUUCGCAAGGGCCCGGCGCCGCUCAACAUGGAGAUCCCGCCGUAUAAGUUUGUUUCGGCCGAGCGCGUCCUCUUGGGUUAAACCUCAAUGCGUUUGCGCCAUCCCUCUUCGUUCCACCACCAUUAGAUCCACUCCUUCUUAAUACCAACUAGCCCUCUCGGACAUGGUCAUGAUCUCGCAGUGUUGCCCGCGGCUGCAUGUGAUUUCUUAACGUCGUCUUCCGCGCCUUGUCAUCUCCUGAGGUUGGAAGGCGUACGUGGUGGCAUUUGGCAAUGCACCAAUACAGCUGCCCGAGGCCCAUGCCGGCAAGGUGUCUACCACAGCAGACACGAUCGCCCAUAUUAGGUUGGUGCAGAUAUGAGAUGGGAGCGGCCAUGCUGCGUCCGUGCAACUGCUUGGGUCAGCCAUCGCCACAUCUAUGACAAUGGUUCGAUCAACCGUAGUCUACUCCGGUGUGUUUAUAUAUGAACGUGUUUCGCGUGAUCUUUGUAAUUACACAAAAUCUUUG